AACCAGCCCGUGAUGACGUCACGGGAGGAAGUGGAACAUGGAGCCUGCAGCCCGAGGCUCAGAGAACAGCCCAUAGAGUCUGUGCACUCCGGAGCUGGACACCGUCACGCGUUUCUCCGCGGGUCGAGCUUUGGAGCUCUGGGUUACACAUUCCGCCUGGGUCUUUGGAAAAGCGUCCGUAGCAGUGUGUGUGGAGCAGUCACAAAGUGAAAAGCAACUUCACGCGUUCAGUUUCUCAAGAUUGGUUUUAUUGUUGGGCACGCGGAUAUAUCGUGUUUAAUUAGCUCUUUUAUGGAAUCGUAGAAGAACUACAGUCUCAAAACCCUGUUGGAACCCAUAUGUGCAAUGAUAUGAGUACAGAAGAAAAGUUCUGCGAUCAUGUUUCUAUGAGUCUGUUAUCUCGGGAUGGUUGCAGCUGUCUCUCGGCGGAGGAGCGAGGUCUCCACUUCGACUGGAAACAAAGAAAAUGUAACGAUUUAAAGUAGCGCUCCUUCGCGUAAAACAAAGGGAACUUGCGGAAAAUCAACCGGAAAGGGCUCGUGGAGGUGUAAAAACGAAUACUAUGGAAAACAAAGGAGGAUAUUCAACCGCUUCUUUGAGGAUUGCUUAAUGUGCAGAGCACAAAACCAUGAUACAUCGAUUUAUCUAAGUGUUGCGUCGAGUCCGUAUUAUGACCAUGAUUAAAAAGCAGCGCUGACCUGCGUCUCUGCUUGAUGGCUUUUGACGAAUAUUCGUCGUGCUUAGAUAUAAACAACAACAACAACAACCACAAAAGGCUUUCUGGGCUAUUUAUAUGCUAAUAUAACCCCCUCUCCCUGUGUGAAUCUCAGCGAAGGCAGGAGUCAUGUCGCUGGGCGCUGCUUGCGUCCUGUUACUGGCUUUCGUGCUGCUCAGGAGCGCGAGCUCUGCGGGAUCCACUGAAUGUAAAACAUAUGAUGAACGCUCCAGAAGUUUGGGGAAAAGCGCUCUGUCUGGGGCCACGCUGGACAGAAAAGUGGUCUGCAGCAACAUGGAGUUCCAUCAGGUGCCUUCACCCGAAUCUUUCCCCAACAGAACAGUCUCACUGAUCUUGAGUAACAAUAAAAUCCAGGAACUUCUGAAUGGCUCUUUCAUUGGCUUGUCUUCACUGGAACGACUGGACAUAAAGAACAACAUAAUCACAAAUAUUGAACCAGGAGCAUUUUAUGGACUUUUCGCCCUCAAAAGACUAGACUUGUCCAAAAACCAGAUCGGUUGCCUCCAUGUGGACGUCUUUAAAGGCCUCACCAACCUGGUUAAACUUAACCUUUCGGAGAACAAGUUUUCUUCACUCUCUCAAGGGAUUUUCGACAGCCUCGGCUCUCUGAAAAUACUGGAGUUUGAUAGCCCUUAUCUUCUGUGCGACUGUAACCUGCGAUGGCUGGUGGUCUGGAUCAAAGAGAAGGCGAUCGGGGUGAAGGAGACUCGCUGCUCGUUCCCUCGCUCCCUGCAGGGUCAGCUGAUAACCUCGCUCAGACCCCAAACACUCACCUGUGACGCUCCUCUAGAGCUUCCCUCAUUCCAGAUGACUCCGUCCCAGCAUCAGAUCGUCUUCCAGGGAGACAGCCUGCCGUUUCAGUGCAUGGCCUCGUUCGUGGACGAGGACAUGCAGGUUCUGUGGUAUCAGGACGGGAAGAUGGUGGAGCCUGAUGCCACUCAGGGCAUCUACAUCGAGAAAAGCAUGGUGCAGAACUGCUCUUUAAUAGCCAGCGCCUUGACCAUCUCCAACAUCCAGCCGGGGUUCACUGGGGACUGGGAGUGUCACGUGCGCACCAGUCGAGGAAACAACACUAGGACGGUCCACAUCGUGGUUCUGGAGAGCUCUGCCAAAUACUGCCUGCCAGAUCGGGUCGCAAACAACAAAGGGGACUACAGAUGGCCUCGGACACUGGCUGGCAUCACGGCGUACUUGCCCUGUAAACGGCAGGUGAGCGGAGCUGGCAUUUACUCGGGCAGCUCGGCAGAAGAUCGGCGCGCGUGGAGGCGAUGUGGCCGCAGUGGACAGUGGGAAGAGGACGACUACUCACGCUGUGAAUAUAUGAAAGACGUCACGCGUGUGCUUUUUAUCAUCAAUCAGAUGCCUCUGAAUCUGACCAAUGCGGUCCAGACGGCGCAGCAGCUGUUGGCUUACACCGCAGAAGCGCCCAACUUCUCUGACAAGGUGGACGUGAUCUUUGUAGCCGAGAUGAUCGAGAAGAUCGGCAAGUUUGCCGAAAAGUAUAAAGAGCUGGGAGAUGUGAUGGUGGAUAUCUCCAGUAAUCUGAUGCUGGCUGAUGAGCGAGUGUUAUGGAUGGCUCAGAGGGAGGCGCGAGCUUGCUCUCGUAUCGUUGAGUCCCUGCAGAGAAUUGCCCUUCUCCGAAUCAGUAACGGGGCUCUGGCCUAUUCUACCAACUCUCACAACAUUGCUCUGGAGGCUCAUGCCAUCAAGGCCAGCAGCUUCAAUGGAAUGACCUGCACUCUGUUCCAGAAGCUUUCACCGGAGCGCACACCCAGAGACCCCGACAUCAACCCAGAGCGCCAGCUCAGCUUCAAAUGCAACGUGACCAGCAACCUGUCUGCACUGGCUCUCAAAAACACUAUCGUGGAGGCGUCUCUGCAGCUUCCCCCGUCUCUCUUCUUGUCUCUGGGAAGCUCGGGUCAGGCUGAUGAAGCCGUCUAUAAGCUACACCUGCUGGCUUUCCGCAACGGCAAACUGUUUCCUCCGACAGGCAACUCCACCCUCCUGAGCGACGGCAGUAAGAGGAGGAGUGUGGUCACACCUGUGAUCCUCACAAAGAUCGAGGGCUUCCCGCUGAAGAACCUGCAGAGUCCAGUGAACGCGACCCUGCGGCGCUUCCUGCACGGCUCGGACGCCGUUCCCUCCUUCUGGAACUUCAGUCUGCUGGGAGGACAGGGCGGCUGGCAGAGCGACGGCUGCCGCAUCCUCCAUCAGGACGACAACUUCACCACCAUCUCCUGCCAUUCACUUAAUAACUACGCUUUACUGAUGGAUCUAAACAGAACCGGGAACGACGCGUACUGCUUCGAACCUCUUCACCCUGUUAUCUACGCCACAGCCAUCAUCCUGGUGCUCUGCCUGCUGUCAGUCAUAGUCAGUUAUAUCUACCACCACAAGUCGGUGCGUGUGAGUAAGAAGUGCUGGCACAUGCUGGUUAACCUGUGCUCACAUAUGCUCCUCACCUGUGCUGUGUUUGUGGGCGGCAUCAACCAAACGUACAAUGCAAGCGUUUGUCAAGCGGUGGGGAUAGUGCUGCAUUACUCCACACUGGCUUCAGCACUGUGGUCCGGCGUAACGGCACGCAACAUCUACAAACAGAUGACGCGGAAGGCCAAGCGCUACGAGGAGCUGGACGAGCCUCCGCCUCCACCCAGACCUAUGCUGAGAUUCUACUUAAUAGGUGGAGGCAUACCGAUCAUUGUGUGCGGAAUAACAGCUGCAGCUAACAUCAAAAACUACGGCAGUCAAGUCAGUGCACCUUACUGCUGGAUGGCAUGGGAACCCAGUCUUGGUGCAUUUUAUGGCCCAGCAGCCUUCAUCGUUUUCGUGGACUGCAUGUACUUCCUCAGCAUCCUCGUUCAGCUCCGCCGGCACCCCGAGCGCCGCUUCGAGCUCAAGGAGCAGUCUGAGGAGCAGCAGCACCUUUCUGUGGCCGAAGCGUCCGAAAUCACACCGGCCCACCUGGAGUCCUCGUCCGCAGCCACCGCGCAACCGGUCCCGAUGUCGGCUCUGGAGAACGAACACACUUUUGUGGCCCAGCUCAUCGGCGUGGCAGGGUCUCUUGCACUUUAUGUCGCUCUGUGGGUGUUUGGAGCUCUUGCAGUGUCCCAGGAGCAUCCGGCAGAUUUGGUGUUCGCCUGCCUCUUUGGCGCCACUGCUUUGGCUCUCGGGGCGUUUCUUGUGGCGCACCACUGCGUGAACCGUCAGGACAUGCGGCGUCAUUGGUCACAAGCUUGUUGCCUGGUUCGCCGCAACUACGCUGUUCAGAUCGAUUCCCUGCUUUUGCCAGUCAUGGGAGCCGGAGGCUCUGUCUUUACCACAAGAGGAAACGGUGAAACUGCAAAGUGUCCAGCCAGCAGCGCCGAAUCUUCGUGCACCAAUAAGAGCGCACCGAGCAUCCGCAACUCCACCCAAGGCUGUAAACUGACCAAUCUGCAAGUGGAAGCAGCUCAAUGCAAACCGGCCCCUUCUACUGCCAAUGGGACGGCGUUAUUGGACAACAGCUUGACUGAACAUUCAGUCGACAUUGAGAUUAAGAUGCACAUCGCACCUGUUGAGGUCCAAUAUCGGCCCAAUUCAGUCAACAACAACAAUCUGUCAGGAACGGGCAGCGCAAACAUCAACGGGCAUUCGGGGCGACACCACAAGAACCGUGCAAGAGCACAUCGGGCCAGUAGGCUCACAGUUUUGCGCGAGUAUUCAUACGACGUUCCCACCAGUGUGGAGGGCAGCGUGCAAAGUGGCUCGCACAAGCGCCACCAUCAUCACGAGAGCCUGCAGGCCCGUAACAGUCGACGGGCAGCGUAUUUGGCUUACCGGGAGCGCCAGCAGAGCCAACUUCAGCAGGACAGCAGCGACGCCAGCACCAGUGUGCCCCGCCGCUCACGCCACCUCGCCAAAGGUGGAGGCGUCCGCCCGAAUAACAGUUUUGGGCACGGACUCAGCAACAACGUGGGGAACGGCAUCAGUAAUGGAGGCUUAGUCAGAAGAGGGGACGGAUCGGGGACCGAAGACACCAGCCAAACUAAAGACUGUCCAAAACAGCCCCUCGCUGUUGAACUGGAGGUGCAGCCCAAGUCCUACGGGUUGAACCUAGCGUGCCAAAAUGGACCUGCCAAAGACUCUGAGAGGCUACAGAAUCUGUCGCCCCUGAACGUGGAGAGUUCUGGGAACAUUAAGACUGGCUUGUGGAACCAUGAAACUACUGUGUAGCGAGAUUCCCUUCUCAGAGACUACAAAUCUGACUUAUAUCUGUAACUGUGAAUCUCUAAUUUUAUGAUUUUGAUCUGAAAGGUACAGUUUGUAAAAAUAGUUCCUGAAAGAGUUUGUGGUUUAAAGUUGAGAAAAUACCUACAAAUGCAUAUGGUUUACCACUUGGCUGCAUCAUAGUCGGUCUACAAAUGGUCUAUUUUUAUAUCCUUUCGGCCCAUUUUGUAUUUUAUUCUGACAUUUUGUAUGUGAAGAUGCAUGAUGCGCUGCCCUUUGAGAAUAUGUUGGCUGACUCUUAUAUUCGAAUGUGUUUUCACACAGUAAAGAUUGUGUUUUAUUGCGGGCAUCAAAUAAUAAAAAAUCUCUUUACGCUG